AUGAGAUUGAAAAACGGAAAGAAUCAAGAAUACCACACAAUACGAAAGCAGGGCGCUGUAAAACGCUGUGUUUUACAGCAACCUGACGAAAGUGAGCACGCCAAUUGGGCGAUGGGCACAUGGUUUGAAUGGGCCGUUGAACGAAGCGUGAAAGCUGGAAACAUUGGUUGUGCGGAAAAGUACA